ACAUAGCUAGAGCCUAGACUUUUAAAGCUAGUGCAUAGCAUUUUCUGAAUUCAGAACUAAGUUUUAGAUUUAGACCCUAGUGCAAUUCUUACUUUUAAAUGUUUAGUAACGAAAAGUAUAUUAAAUAAAAGGAAAUAAAAACAGAACGUCUGCUAAUUGCUAUCAAUAAUUUUAUAGCUAUUAUAGACACAAAUUUAAAAUAUGGAUUUAGAUUUAGUCAAACGUGAAAAUGUGGAGAUAUUAGGACGCUGUAAGUGUUGUUUGGAUGACGUUAAUCUCCAAAAUUUAUGGGAAGAAUAUUAUAAUGAUGGUCAAGUGGAAGUUUUUGGCGCAAUGCUUGAAGAAUGCUAUUCCUUGAGUUGGGAAAACAAAGAUCAAAAUGAAUUUAUAUGCAGUGCAUGCAUAGUGCGCUUGCGGGAUGCUCUCAACUUUAAAAGGGAGAUUAUUGCAUCUGAGCAAGUGCUUCAGCAAGUGGCAUUGGAAUUUAAAAAUAAUGUUGCUGUUGAUAUUAAAGUUGAAUCUUCAGAAGACAUUGAUGAAUAUCAUGAAGUAGAAUAUUUGGAGUUAGAAGUUGAUAACUGUGCUGAAACUGAAGCAAAAGGGACUGAGACAUCAACAGAACCACCUAAACGUAAAUGGCCGAAAAAGAGAAGAGGUGCAGAUCGCUUAAAAGUUUACAAAAAAUACACCCAACUUGAGCUAAGAGAAGCUAUGGAGGCGGUGAAAAGUGGCAAAAUGAGCCGUGCAGAAGCUGCUGAAAUUUACAACAUUCCUAGGAAUACGAUCAGCAACAAUUUGAAUAAAUACAAUGCAUUAAUCGAAACUCAAAAUGAUUCCACUGAGGAAAUUUCCAAUAAAGAGAGGAAUUUUAAGCUCAUUGAAGAGAUUAAAGCACUGCUAACAUUAACAAAUGCAACACCAUUCAAAACCAAAACUGCGAAAUACUAUUGUGCAUAUUGUUCUACAGAAGGGCCUGUGUUUGAAGAUGGUGCUGAGUUACGAAUUCAUACUAUGAACGAACACAGUGAACAUAGAACAUACAAUGUUGACCAUUUCAUGAGACCAUACUGGCUCAAUGAAAUUCUCAAACUCGAUGUUGACAACCUUACAUGCAAUUUAUGUGACACAAAGUUGCCAGACUGGAAUGGAAUGUUCCAGCACUUUUCUAAUGAACACGAAAUUGAAUUUGAUGAAGCCUAUACAAGAGUUGUCCCAUAUAUAAUAAGGGAUAACAUCAGAUGUGUUUUAUGUCAUGAGUCAUUUAAUAACUUCCACCAGCUGGACGGCCACAUGAAUGCUCAUUACAAUAACUAUAUAUGUUAUGAAUGCGGCGACACAUUUGUAGCUGCUAGCAGAUUAGAAAAACAUGUUCAAGUGCAUAGCAAGGGUAAAUUCCCAUGUGAUGAAUGUGGCAAAGUAUUUUCACUGCAAAAGUACCGUGUAAAACAUAUCAAUUUAGUACAUCGAGAGAAUGAAAUAAAGUGUCAGUUUUGUCCUGAAAAAUUUAGAUCUACAUUGCUGCGACAGUUGCAUUAUGGUGAAAAGCAUAAAGAUCAAAUCAAGGAAUAUACGUGUGAGUUCUGUGGUACAGUGUUUAUUUGUAAGCCAACUUUCAUAAAACAUUUGCAAAGGAAGCAUAGCAUUGAUAAGAAGAACAAAUGUGAAUUGUGCGAUAAGGCAUUUAUUAAGAAAUAUGAAUUACGUCUCCACAUGUUGCGACACAAGCAAAAUAAGAAAUACAUGUGCACCGUUUGUGGUGAAGGUUUUAGGAAAAAAGCAAAUUUUAAGCAUCAUUUUAAAAUUCAUCAGAAAGCCAAUGCUGAACAAAUUAUGUUAAAUGAAUAAUACAAUAAUAAUUUUAUGAAAAUGAGCCAAAAAUAUAUGUCUUUGCUGGUAAGAAGAGACUUCCAAAGCCAAUCAGAGGUUCACAAAAUAUAAACCAGUCCAUACAUUUCUAAUAAUCAAAUAUUUACUUGAUAUCCCUUUUCAGGACUAUUUCAAAAUGGUUCAAUCUUACAUUGUUCAAUAAUCAUAAUACAUAAAAUCAAAAUCUCAUUUAUUACUUAUUUUAUUGUUUAUUUAGACUUCAAUGUUCUACUGCUCGAUAAAGGACUCCCACAAUUCCAUACGGGAGCAAACCCUGUGCCCAUUUUUUAUAUGAUUAUUCAUACAAAUGUAUGGGUUGUUUUAUGUACUUACCCUCAGUACUCCUUUUUAAAUUAUUGGAUUAUCA